CCCAUCAUGCAUUGCCCGUUGAUAAGUACAAUGACAGGCUAGGGCACAGUUUUCAUUGUAGCUGUCAAACUUUGAGGAGAAAGGACCAUCAUGGCAGAUCCCGAAGAAUUUCCUGGUCGCAUUACGCGACUUGACAAAAAUUAUGCGAACAUUUCAGUAACGGGAAAGCCUGGAACUUCCCGCCUGGACACGUCCUCUGCUCGCCGCAUCACAGGGUCGUACGUGGGAGACCUCCGUGACAUCCUGGAACCCAAUGCCCGACUGAAGGUUCGGGUUGUUCCCAUGUCAGAGGAGGCGCUCUCCAAGAUCCCUGAUCGCAUUCGGAAUGCUGUCAGAAGGAAUUCCCAAUGGGAAGUAAAGUUUUUCAGGAAAGACGUCGAGCCAGCACCGCAGCCAAGCCGGUUCGACGCCCCAGAGAAGCAUUUCACAGAUCUCAGCUAUUCCCUUAACAUACCUCGGGAUGCUAUCGGCAGGAUCAUCUCGGCAUUGCUGCAAGUCACGCAGAUGCUCAACAACACAAGUCUUCAGAAGCUUCUCCCUCUUGUGAAAUCGCAUUUCAAAGUCAAGAAUAUCCCCAACAUCGGCCAGCAUUUAGCAGCAGAAAAGGAUCUUGAAAGGAUCGUCCUCUCAUUUCCACAAUAUUUCACGAUCUCAUCAAGGCCCCCGGUCGUGAAGCGAUCUUGUGGGUUCAGCGAGGAAGUUUUCAACCCAGCAGUCACCAAGAAAGCCCUUGAGAUACAACCCGUUCGCACUAAGGGAAAUAAAAGCAAACCUUCCGGAGCAACAGCCUCAGCAGCCAGUAGUCCUGUUGAAAUAAAAGAUGUGCUGAAAUGCACUCAAAUCAUCGAAUCUGUGUCGGAUUGUAACCGAGUUCUUGAUCCGAUUCUUGACAAGGCGAAGAGGGAGAUCGUGGUCAUUGGUCUCGAUUGUGAAGGGGUAAGACUGGGGACGUCCAAGGGAUGCCUGACUCUUGUUCAGAUCUCCACCUCGGACGGGAAAGCGUUCCUCUUCGAUGCUUACAAGAAUCCCAGUCUCCUUCAAGGAAAUUCCAGUCUAAAGAAGAUACUAGAAGACAACAAUAUAUUGAAGGUGAUCCAUGACUGCAAAAGUGACACAUACUCGCUGCAUCAUGGGUUUGAUGUAAAGCUUACGAACGUUUUUGACACUUCUAUUGCGAUGCGUACAUUGAUGGAGCAACUAAACAGGUGCCGAUCCUACAGAGUCGGCUUCAACGCUCUUCAUGAGCUACUCGGAGAAGGCGCUUCACACAAAGACGAUGACUUCGUCAAGAAGAUGCUGGAGACUCCUGACUUUUGGAAGAUUCGACCGUUGACAGACGAGAUGAUCUACUACGCUUCAUCGGACGCAUUGGCUUUGGUUCCCAGCAUUUACCUCAAAAUCAAUGGAAUGCUGACACCACUUUGGCGGGAACUAUUCACAUGGUCCUGCAAAGACACCAUGGAAAGUAUCCAGAAACCCAAGCAACAGGGACAUAGUCAUGGUAACAGACAGGCAGCAUCAAGAACCAGACCAGCUAGUUCACAAAGCCGACAGCAGAGAGCUGCAUUUCUCUCUUACGGCGAUGAUUUCGAUGACGAUCCAUUGUUUUAGAGAGUCGGUCUGAUAUUGAUGACUUUUCUUUGUCCCACCUUUAAUCACUGAAUUCUCUUCGUAUUCAAUCUGGCGUUAUUUUGGUUAUAAAAAUGCAAAAAAAAAAUUACCUUAAUGGUUUGAAUAUACCGAAGCAUGAAGAUAUUUACAACAAGUAAUGUAUGCCCAUGCCCCCCCCCCCAACAAAAAAAAAAGCCGACAGCAGAGGGCAUUUCUCGUUUUCUGCGGCGAUGAUUUCUAUGACGAUCCAUUUUAUUAGAGUCGGUCUGAUAGUUUUCUUUGUCUCACCUUUGAAAAAAAAUAAUUAUCACUGAAUUCUCUUCGUAUUCAAUCGGGCGUUAUUUUGGUUAUAAAAGUGCAAAAAAAUAUCUUAAUGGUUUGAAUAUACCGAAGCAUGAAAAUAUUUACAACAAGUAAUGUAUGCCCAUGCCCCCCCCCCAAAAAAAAAAAUGGCAUAGGUAAGAUUACCAGAUGAGAUGUUAGCUGGAUGCAGCUUAUAUAUCUGAUCAUAAUUUUUUAACCACGUUCUAGUCAGAAAUGGCUAUAUUAUAGUAAAUUAUGACUAGACGAUAUGCAAAUUUGACUAAAAAAUUGUAAUUAUUAUGCACCUAAUUGAACCACUCUCAUCAGAGAAUCGUUGGUUUUUAGUAAAGGUUAAUCUUCCGCACUCCGUGACAGGGCCCUGUGAACGAUUUUUUUACAGGGGGUGCUGAUUUAAAUUAGAUAAGCGAAAACAAAAAAGUUUCACUACAAAAUGAAGGUCAUUUUAGUCCCGAGAAAUUAGACAAGAAAAAAAAGGUUUCACUGAAAAAUGUAGGCUAAUUUGGUUAUAUUUCUCCGUUUUGGCGCACCUACCAGACUUCCAGCGGGUGCUGCCUAUAGCGAAUAACACACAGCACCCCCCCCCCCCGGGGGGGGGAAUCAUGGGGUGCUUCAGCACCUCAAGCACCCCCGCUUCCCAGGGCCGUGCCCCGUAAAAGAGAAUAUAUCGCAUGCAAAUUCUUACAGGAUAUAUUGUACAAUGUAUAUAUUAAGUUUUAGUUUGAAUUAAGGUUUUUAUUCAUGUAUAAUACAGAAAGAAAACUUAACGGUGUACGCAAAAUAUGAGUCCUAAAACAGAAAACAUCAACAACACAAAAUAAACAAAUAUGUCUAAAAAUGAUAUCUGUGAAGGAAAGAAAUUGAGAUGAUCGUUAGAGGGAACCAGAAUGAAUUUUAAGACUGAUCCCGUUUUGUAGUAGUCUGAUACAAAUCUGCCGCUGCUGUUAGCAAAAGGACUCAAAUUUAUUAGUAUGAUAGUAUAACGCCUUCAUUAUUUUAAUAAUUAUCUUGAAUGAGAACACUAUGCUCCACACAAACCCAAAAUGAUUUUUGUUUUACUUUGUUACAUUGAUCAGCAAUAGACCACAGAAGAACUUGCUUGAAUAUAGAAGAAAUUAAUUGAGAGCUUCAAACAAAUAAGGAGGGGAAAAUAAGAUUUAAAGUUCAGGGUUUACUCAAGCAUGAGAUAUACAUGAAUGUGCAUUCUCGGUGAACUUCCAAACUUUCCUGUGAAAUCGGUGUUAAAAUAAAUCUUGUAUUUUUUUUUUCAACCUAAAACUUCAUGUGUGACGGAAUUAAGAAGAAUUACUCAAUAAGAUUAGCUAUUUUGUUGUAAAUUUAAGGUUUUUUUUCAUUUGAAGACAUAUUUUGGCUAUUUAAGGAGAAACGUGCCUGGCGACUUAAUGUUUGUUUAUACUUUGUGGUGAUUUAGGUCUAUAUCAUUAUCUGGGGAGUGUUUCAUUAACAUUUUCAUCCAACAAGUUGUCAGAUCUGACAUCUUUCUCUGAUGUUGAUUGGCUGAGAGGUACUGUUACUAUGGUAACUGUCGGAUAAAAUGCAUAUGGGACUUGUCGGAUAAAACGUCCGACAAGUCCUUUCAUGAAACGCCCCCCUGAUCUAAUUAACAAUAUUCUAAAUUUAUAGGCAAUUUUCUAUGUGUAAUUAACCACACGCCACUUUCAGAAUCAUCAAAAUUCGCCGUUUAGAUAUACAUGUAUAAAUACGAUAAUACUUACCUGGCCGUGGGAGGACCAUGCAGUCCGGUUGCUUUAUUCAGGUUUAACACAAGUCAUGUCUGUAUAGACUGAUACACAUAAUUAUCAUGAGAAUUCCCAGACUCGUUUCCGAGCGGGCUUUCGUAUUUAAAACGGUAAGUUUCACGUCUCGCGAGGAGUCGAAGUAAUUAUGGGGGGGGGGGGGGGGUUCGAGCAAGAAAAUCCAUUUCAAAAUUGUCCAGUUUUCCUCCAAAUUUUUUUUUAUAGCAAUAUAUAAAUUAAAUAGCAUGCGUUGUCAUUGUAUUUGAUUGUGAUACCAUUAAUGCAUCUCAUUGUUGAGGCCGACAGAAGAAGUAUGAACAAAUAAAUAUUUGAAAUUUUAUCAAAAUGAACUAACAAUUUCUCUCGGGUCAAUGUUAUGGUUACCCUAAAGCAUGGACCGAUACACGGAGGAUUAUUUUAUUGUUACUGGGGGUGCUGAGCAUUGUCACAGCACCCCCAGUAACAAUAGAUAAUCCUCCGUGGAUAGGUCCAUUCCCUAAAGCAAGUUCUAGCAUCAAAGUGGCAUGAAAAUGUAUUGUUGUAUCAAAUUUGCAUUUUUAAAAAAGAAUUAUUGUCUUGUUAAUUUCGUUUUUGUCUUCCGGGUGCAUCAUGGAUUUUCAUAAGAUGAGAGAUAAUCUCAUAUUAUGCCAAAAUAAAAUGGAAUUGAUAAUUUUCUUUAAAUUUUGAUUUUAUAUACUUGUGUAUAUAGGUAAAUUCAAUUAAAUUGUAUAUAUAUAUUAUCUUGACACAUGUAUUUCAAUAUUUCGUAAUUUACAUUGUCUACUAUGACAUUGGGUGAUCUCAAGACCGGUGUUGGCCUUGGUGUUGGUGUUGAAAUUUGGAUUGCUUGAUCCCCUAGCUCCAAAACUUAUUCCGAGUUUGUAAAACUGAUCCAGAUCACAUUAUUGACAUCUCAACAACUAGUGAGUGACUUUUCGGCCGGACCAUCUUCAUUUUAUGUAUGGUGUUAUAAUCGUGUAAAAAAUGAUCUAGCACCAACACCAAAAGGUCAACACUGAACUUGAAAUUACCCAUUGCAGUGUUAUCGUGUGAAUAUCUUUAUUCUGUGAAUUUCAAAAUGCCGUGAUAGCUUAAAAGCACAUAUUGAGCAACAUUUA